CUAUACAAUGCCUACGGAGCCGAUAAUAUUGACAUCAUUUUCAUCAAAAAUUUUCGUACCAUUAGUUUCAUUGCAAAGAUAUCUAUUGGAUAAUCUCGACAAACAUAGCGAUCAACUAGUGAUUGACAGCCAAUCAAACAUCAGUCAUACGUUUCACGAUAUUGAUUGCGAUGCCCGACGUAUGGCCACCGCUUUGCUGGCCAUUGGGCUCCGGGAGGGCCAACUGUUUGCCAUAAUCGGCGAAAAUAGCUAUCAAUAUUUGAUCCUAUAUUUGGGUGCAUUAAUAGCCGGUGCUAUGGUUUUCGGUAUACCAUCGACCGAUAGCUAUCAAAGUAUUUGCGACAAAAUAAUCCAACAAAAUAUCAAAUUGUUGGCCAUAUCGGCCACAAGUAAUCUAAGUUAUGCCAAACGUAUAUCAGAUGGUAUACCCAUUACACAGAAAAUAAUUUUAUUUAAUAAUAUCAAUGGUUUGAUGGACACCAUCAUCGGUAACAAUGAUAAACAACAAAAAUUCAUAACAUAUGGGAAACUAAUCGAUCCGUACGAUACCAUUGGCGACGACCAGAUAGCCGUACCUCCCGAUGUUAAACAAACGGAAUGUCUAGUACUGAGCACCGGUAGCUCCAGCACCACAUCCACCACCAAAUCACUAGUAUUUACACACUAUAGCGUAGUAUCGGCACUGGAAAUCACAUCCUAUCCCCAAUUUUUUGGCUAUACUCAGCGCGAGGUCAUUGCCGGCUACUGUGACCUCAGCCAACAGUUGGCCAUAUUUCAAGUGUUUACGGCAAUUGUUUGUGGCUCCCGAUUGGUACUAAUGCCCCGCUAUGAUCGGCCGGGGUUUGUGGCCGCUGUUGGCAAAUAUCGGAUAUCGGCAGCCAUACUGUCGGCAGCGGCUAUUGUAUCGCUAGUUAAGAGUCCCGUAAAUACCAGCAAUGAGGACAACAGUACUAACAAUACAAACAACAGUAGUCCGACCACUACUACUACCGGUGCUACCGAUGCUAAACAUGAGGACAAGGAGGACAUAACGUCACUGAUAAAAAUCAUAAGCACCGGUAGUUGUCUGCAUAAGACAAUAGCCAAUCAAUUGGUUUUAAGGUAUAAACAUAUUAAGGACUUACGUCAAGGGCUGUUCACUACCCAAUGUAUGGCACCGGUAGCCCUGAUGAUCAAAGGUACCCGCGAUUAUGACUCAUCGGGUGUCCCACUACCGCAUACACGGGUAGUAAUACGAUCGGUCGAUAGUGGCCAACCACUAGCUGCCAAUCUAGUUGGCGAAAUAUGGGUCCAACGACCGGAUGCAAUGGCCAAACGAUAUCUAUCGGAUAAACCGGGGCUCCGGGAUCUGGACGGAUGGCUUGGAACCGGCGAUCUGGGCUACUAUGACGACGAUUUGCUACUCUAUGUUAUCGGCAAACAUCGGGAAAUGAUCCGAUCGCCGAAUAAUACGCUGAUAGCGCCGUCCGAAUUGGAGCGGUCGGUACUGUUGCACUGUGCAGUCGACGAGGCAGCCGUAGUGGCCGUCGAUGACGAUGACCACCAGUCGGACCAUCCGACCGAUGGUCAACAACAACGUGGUGUCGGCUUUGUUACCAUUAGGCAUGAGUUUGUCGGGAAAGUUGCUGAACAAGGGAUACUUGAUUUUGUCAAUAAUCAGUUACCAAAGAGGAAACAGUUGGCAAACAUUUAUAUUAUGAAAUGUUUGCCAAAAUGUAUUUCAGGAAAAAUAUCCAAAUCAUUGCUCAUCAAAGAUCUACAU